UGUGAGAGUGCGAAUGCGAGUAUGGAAUGUUUGCGUGAUAACGCCAUCGGUUCUUUUUUGAUUUUUGAUUAUUUUAUUUCCUUCAAGAGUUUCAAGCCGCUCUGUAGCAAAUUCAAAUUUGGUGGAUAUUUAUUAAUUGGCAAUGGGAAACCGAAAACUUCCAUCAAGUCAUUUUUUAACCUGAUAGAAUUUUUAAUCUUGCGGUCCCAGGACGAUAGAAAAUUGCAGUAUCGAAUCUAACUUGAAAUAUUGUCGCACUCGCCUCAGUUGGAUUUUGGUUCGUACAGUUGAAUUUCGUCAUGGAAAUAAAAAACUUAUCUACAGCGCCGCUGGGUGACUCGCUCUUCAUCAAGCCGAUGGAAAUACGUUACACGAUUAAUGGACACGAAAGAAAAUGGGAUUACAUCGAAUGCCACAAUAGCGUCGCCAUAAUCAUUUUCAACGUUUCCAGACGAACGCUCGUGUGCGUUAAACAAUUCAGACCAGCCGUAUACGUGCAAAAUAUUCCGUUGCAAGAUCGAAACGGCCCUAUAGAUCUCGUCAAAUAUCCGCCCAACCUCGGCAUCACCGUAGAAUUUUGCGCAGGUAUUGUGGAUAAAAAUAAAUCGUUGCGCGAAAUAGCCAAAGAAGAAGUGUUGGAAGAAACUGGUUACGAUGUUUCCAUCGAAAACCUGCAUGAAAUAAAAGUUUUCAAGUCUAACGUGGGAACAGCGGUCGACGAAAUUCAUCUAUUUUACACGGAAGUCGAUGACAGCAUGAAAAAAGGCGACGGUGGAGGACUAGAAGACGAGGGAGAGUAUAUCGAAGUCGUCGAAUUGACGUUGGAAGAAGCGCGACAAAUAUGCGAACAAACGACCACGCUGAAUAAUUACUGCGGCUUUCUUUACGGUUUAUUAUGGUUUCUACAUAAUAAAAGCGCGUAUUUUCAUCAGACUUGCAGCCAAUCCUCAACACUUGAAAACUAGAAUUUCAAAUCACUCGGAAUGAGGUCCGAGGUAACGAAAAAAAAAUAUGUAGGUACUAGGUACAGACGGAUGCCAUUUCGGACACGACAAUAUAGUAUAUUAUACAUAUGUACAUUUCACGUAUAGUUAAAAUAUAAACUCUCGUAUGUAUUUCAAAUGUUGUAAAUUUAAAAAAGCCAAAUAUACCUAUUUGUAGAUGAACAAAA